CAGAGGUGAGUUUGUAAGGGCGGGAGAAGAAGCAGACACAGAAAUUCCAGAGAUUUUUGGACGGAUUUGGAGAGGCAACGCAAUGGAAAACGCCAUGGAAAUCGUUCCUCCUUCUUCAGAGCACCUCGACCUCGACCUCGACACCAUUCGCAGUCGAGCAAAAGAGCUUGAAGAAAUGCUUAGUAGUUUGGAAGACAAUGAUUCGGAGUUGUUCCAUUCGGAUUUGGAGAAAUUAGUGAAGGAUUGUGCUCUUAAGUUCCAGAGCAGAAUGGAGGAAAUAGGAUCGGAGUGGUCAGAUGUUAGUUUCUUGGAAGAUAAAGACUUUGACGCAUGCUUGGAACACUUGGGCGAGGAGCUUAACCUCGUGGAAGCUGAAAAUAGCAGAAUGUCUGAAGAAAUUGAGAUUCUUACAAGAACCUAUGCUGAAGAUUCCAAUCAGUUGGAAAUUGAACUUGAAGGUUUGAAAAGUGCAAUGGAUUUAACAGCAUUGCAGGAUCUGGAGAAUGCAAAAUUGGGUGCCUGUGAUGAUUAUCCAAGAAAUACUGAAGAUAAACAGCAUUUGGUCUUACAUCUAUUGGAACUUGAGAAUGAGAUAAAGAAGAAAAAUAUCAUCUUGAAAUCUUUAGAGGAUCUAGAUGGUAUCUGUAAAUGGUUUGAUGCCAUAGAGCAGAUUGAAGAUAUAUUAACAAGUGUAAAAGUCAUUGCACUUGAGGAAAACUGCAUUAGGUUUUCAUUGCAGACUUACAUUCCAAACUUAGAAAGUAUUUUGUCGCAACAAACAAUUGAAGCUGUCAAUGUGCCAUUUGAAGUGAAGCUCGAGUUGUUAAUUGAAUUAUUGGAGUGGACCUUGGAUCAAAAGAAUGCUGAGAUAUUUCCGAAUGAUGUAUACAUAAACAAUAUUUCAAAUGCUGCAAAAUGUUUCAGUAAAUGUUCACUGCAGUGGUUUGUAACGAAAGUACAAGACAGAAUUGUUUCUUGCACGAUGAGGCAGCUUGUAGUAAAGAGUGCAAAUAAAUCAGGAUACUCCUUGGAGUACUUUGAUAAAGAUGAGGUGAUGGUAGCUCAUCUGGCUGGAGGAGUUGAUGCAUUCAUAAAGGUCUCUCAAGGUUGGCCAUUAUCGAAUUCUCCUUUGAAGCUGACAUCUCUUAAGAGCUCUGAUCAUAACACAAAGGGCAUUCCUUCAAUUUUUUUGUGUAAGGUUGAGGAAAGGGUGAAUUCCUUGGCUGUGCACAUUUGCCAUAAUCUAUCAAGCUUUGUUGAUGCUGUUGACAAAAUACUCACUGAGCAAAAGCAGUUGGAAAUUGGUUAUGAUGAUACCAUGAAAAACGACCAAUGACACUUCUUCAAUAGUAUCCAUAUUGUCGCCUUUAUAUUGGUUCAAAUUAUUCGAAGAUUUCCAUGACAAUAUUACAUGAAUGACAUCACUUGUAAAUAGCGUCCGGUAUAUAUAUAUAUAUAUAUAUAUAUGUUAUUUGAUGAUUAUUUUUU